GGUCGGAAUACGAAUAUACCACUCGUAUUAACCGGGAUAAUCUAUUAAUCUAUAGAGAAAGGUAAAAUCCAAAAAUCCUGAAAAAAAAAAAAAGAAUCCCGAAUUCCGACCAGCCCUUUGCGAAAUCGGUUGGAGCAUUUGAUUUCUCCCUCAACUUUCUCCGAGUCUCCAAACACCUGACCUACGGAGUGAGUUUGUGUUGAGCUUCGAUUGCAAUGGAGAUGGCUAUGGAGGAGUCGUGCUCUCAUUCGCUUCUCUUCCUCACCCGCCACGACGGACGAACUCCUCGCUUUCUGAAAAAUCCUAUACAGAGUACGCCUCGAAUAUGUAGUUGUAGGAUUUUCCAAGCUUAUUUCUAGAUUUACCUUGUUUUAAUUUUCGCUUUCAAGUUGUACUUAGAGCGGAAAUCUUCGGGUUAUUGUGAAUUUGUGCUCUAGAUUCUGGUGAAUUUCUUCUUAGAUUGCUGAUGUUUGUGAAGAAUAGACUGAGGUCGGUAAAUUUCUAGGGUUUGUUUGUUUGGAUUGGGCUUUUAGGGUGAAUUGUGUGUGGCCUAGUUUCCCUUGAAAAAGAAGGAAAUUUGGGAUUGAAUACAAAUUGAACUUGUACAUGGAUACUGCACUCUGAACUCAAAUCUUGGUUGAAGUUGAUCUUUGGUGGUCUGGAAAUUUUAAUGGCGGGAAGGUGGGAUCUUGGGCUUCCAAAGGCUAAAGCUUGUAGUCUUCGAGAGCAAGCAACAAGAACAAUUCUUCGCAAUGUGAGGUCACAAGGGCACACAUAUGUUGAGGUCAGGGAAGAUGGGAAGAAGUUCAUUUUCUUCUGUACUCUGUGCCUUGCACCGUGCUAUAGCGAUAAGGUGCUGUUUGAUCACUUGAAGGGUAAUCUUCACAAUGAGAGAUUGGCUGCUGCUAAGGUUACUCUUUUACGACCAAAUCCUUGGCCUUUCAAUGAUGGUGUGGUUUUCUUUGACAAUUCAUAUGAGACUGAUAGAGUGUUAGUGACUCCAGAUGACAAUAAAUUUAGGCUGUUGGAGUCUCAUGACAAUGAGAACAAUCUUGCUAUUGUCAAAUAUGGGGAAAAUUUGAAUACCAAUGGCUAUGAUCAUUGCGGUGUUGAUGGGCGUGAAUGUAAUGGGUAUAUAGAUUUGCCAGGCUUGCAUUCAAAUGUUGGAGUUAAAUCCUUUGUUGAGAAUUCAACUGCUGAUGGAGCAAUUUCCUCUGUGGUGAUCCCUGGUGUUGUGGUUAGGGAUGAAAUUACUGAUAUAGAAGUGAGAGAGGUGGGUUUAGGAGAAAUUGCUGCAAGGUUCCUUGGGAAAGAUGGCAUUAGUAGAAUAUGGUGUGAAUGGUUGGGGGUAAAAUCUUUAGACAGUGAGAAUUUUUGCAAACUUCCUGAGCAUGAUUUCGCUGUUGUUACCUUCAGUUAUAAUAUUGAUUUGGGUAGAAAGGGUUUACUUGAUGAUGUAAGGAUGUUGCUCUCAUCCAGCCCUACAAUGGAAUCAGGGAAUGGUGAAGGCACCGGUUGUAAGAGAAAGAAAUCCUUUUCUGACCCUGAGGAUAUCAGUGACUCUCUAAGUAAUCAGUAUGAUUUGUUUGGGGAAGAUUCCUCUGCUUCCAGUGGUCCAGCAUCUAGGUUGCUUCUAGACCAUUAUGAUGAUCAGCUACCAUCACUGAAUACAAGAUUUAUUUUGAACAAAUCUAUAAGGCGAGAGCUAAGACGGCAACAGCGUUUAGCGUCAGGGAGAAUGUGUGAUAUCUGUCAACAGAGGAUGCUUCCUGGGAAAGAUGUAGCAACUCUCAUGAAUGUGAAGACUGGAAGGCUUGCUUGCAGUAGUCGAAAUGUGAAUGGGGCUUUUCAUGUGUUUCAUACUUCCUGCCUUAUACACUGGAUUCUUCUGUGUGAAGUUGAGAUAAUCACAAAUCAGAAUACUGGUUCAAAAGUGAGGAGAAGGUCUAGGAGAAAAACUGCAGCCAAGUGCAAUGGAACAGAUGCUCAGUUGAAAUCUAUGACCCCACAAAUUUAUUCAGUGUUCUGCCCAGAGUGCCAGGGUACUGGUAUUGUCGUUGAUGGAGAUGAACUGGAGAAACCGAAUCUUCCUUUGUCUCAGAUGUUCACGUAUAAGAUAAAGGUGAGUGAUGCACGUAGAGCAUGGAUGAAGAGUCCUGAAAUGUUGCAGAAUUGCUCGACUGGUUUUCAUUUUCCCUCCCAAUCUGAAGCAGGAAUCCAGGAGAAGGUGAAAACGCUGAAGUUGUUGCAUUUCUAUAGAGCACAUGAAUAGAGAGCUGGCUUCAAGAAUAGAAGGGACCCUGCAACUGUGUUUAGUUUCAGAGUAGCAUUUAUAUUUCACUUUUACUUUCCAUGCGUAACCCAGGUGUAUAUGCAUGAUGAAUAGAGUUUGGAGUGGACAGAAGUAGAUUGGUAAAGGGCAGUUAGCUUUUGUGGAUGUUCCCUAGUUGUGUUCUUAACACAGGUUACAUAUAUGUGGUGUACAUUGCUGGCCUGGCAUAUGUCUACUUAGACUGCAUUUCAGUGUGGAAUUAAAUAUAUGUAAUUAUAUUGUAAAUACCUUCUCAGGCAACUUAAUGAGUUAUUGCUAUGCCUGACGGACAUGUGACAAUAUUUCUGGUUUCUGCCCUUUUCGAAGCA